AUGACCCUUGCAGCAAUAACCAAGGAUGUCAGAUUUUAUAGAUGGCCCAAUAUUAAUUACAUAGGAAUAUAUGAAACGCCACUAGACAGUAAGUCAAUAAAAAGUAUUUCAUGGUCUUGCGAUGGGAGAAAAGUGGUAGCCGUAAAAAGCAAAGGCGGUCCCGUGAUUAUACAAGUGCCUAAUAAGAAUCAACAAAUUGAAAUAGUUGAUUGUGCUUAUGUGAACCAUGUUUCCAUUGGUGUUUUUUCGAAUAUAAAUCCUGAUGUGGUAGCUUAUGGAACUGAUGAAGGAUACGUUUUGAUUUACAAUAUAAAACAUACCCGCCACCCUCAAGAAUGUUUGAGCCUUUCGGGACAAAUUCAAAAUUUGGGCUUUUCUGCUGACGAUCAACUUUUAGCGGUGGAUAAUGCUUCCAAUUCAAUUGUCUUAUAUAAUUCUAAUUAUAAACCGUGUGCAAGCUUUUUUAUUCCGAAUAAUACAUCUUUUUCAAAUGUGAUAUUUAGUAAAUACUCCACAAACUUACUGGCCGCAACGUACAAAGAUUCCAUUGUGUCUUUAUGGAAUACGGAAACCAUUGAUAGUUUAUUCACCAGUGAACAACAUUCGGCAAAGAUAACCGAUAUUGCUUUUUUUGAAAACGGGCUAUCUUCUGUGGGUACGGACGGUAAAUUCAUUAGCUACGACUUGAGAUCCUAUAAAGCCAAUUGUUGUGUAUUAGAUUGUCCUUUAUCCAGUUUAGCAUAUCUGAAUGGAACAUACGAAAUUGCUGUGAGUACAUUUUCAGGACAAAUCAGAAGCUACGAUGCAAGAAAUAUGAAAUCUCCUUUGAAAACACUGGUAGCUAUCGCUAAUAAUGGUAUUAAGAAAAUUGCUUUCCCUUUCUUUUCAAAUGUAUGUUUUCCUCAAGUCAGAAAAAAAUACUUGGAUGAUUUUUCUGCUUCCGGUGAUUUUAGUAUAGCGUCUGGUUCUUCUCCUUGUCGUCAACACGUAAGCGGGGAAGAAAAAACAUUAUAUAAGAUCGAAGGUGAUUCAUCCGACAUAUUCGAAACUAUAACUUCUAACCAACCAUGUAUGAAUCUUGAAGAAAUAAACAAACUCGUAGAAGAGAGAUUGAACGAAGCGACUAAGGAAUUCGAGGAAAAAUUGAUUCAAACUUUCUAUAAAUUGAGAAUUGGCACAAGUAAAAAGUUUAUUACUUUGGAAGAAAGAAUUUUGCAAAACUGGAAUAAUUUCGUGGAUUAUUUAAAAUUGUCUGGAGAAAAAGAAGCGCCUUGUACAAGUGCAGUAGGUAUGCGUAAAAGUUGUUAUGACGAGAAAAAUACAGAAGAAGAUUCUGAAAUGACGAAUAAUGAUAAAGUUUAG